CUUUACAUGAUAAUUCUAUUGUUUGGUUAACAACUAUUCAAUUGAAAUAUAUUAGCAAAUUAUCUCGUUUAUUAGGUAUAGAACCAUUAACAUUAAAUAAACAAUUUAAAGAUAUAUUUCAUUCAACUAUAAAAACAAAUAAUACAACUGUUAUUUACGAAGAAAUUAAAAUACCACAAAUUGAAAUAAUAUCGAAAUCAACUUAUAAUAAUGCUGCUGAAACACUUCUUCUAUCAGCUAAAUUUACAUCAACGAUUCAAGAAAAACUCUAUGAAGAAUAUCAUCAUUCUGUAUUACCAUCGGAUUAUUUGAAUUUCGAAACAUUUAAAAAUCUAAUAUUACGUAAAGGUUUAGAAUCUUCACAUAUUACGGAUUAUUUUCGUGCAUUUGAUUCAACACAACGAAAUUAUUUAACAUUUCUUGACUAUUUACUUGGUCUUGCUGCAUUAGAUCCAAAUACUCAACAUGGUGGUGUACCAGCUGAACAACGUUGUCGUUAUAUAUUUCGUUAUUAUAAUAUAAAUAAUAAUCAACGAAUGACAUUUGAUGAAUUUAAAAUAAUGAUUAAAGAUAUACAUAAAAAUAAAGGACAAAAUUUAAUAGGUGAUGCAUUGAACGAUGAAGCAUUACAAAUGUUUCGUUCAUUUGGACUACGAUCAUCUGAUCAAACAUUAAAUUUAAUGGAUUUUUUAUCAGGUGUUGGACAACUUCGAUUUCGUGGUACAUCUGUAUUAUUUCGAUUAACUAUGUCAAUAAGUGACGGUUUUAAACGAACAUCAACACCAAAUACAUUAGUAAUACCAUCUUCAACUUCGAAUAUAACCGCAUCGAAUCGAACUUUAAGUACACUAACAAUGGCACGACGUUCUGGUACACAACAACAACAACAAAUAUCUGUUGAUGAUACACAUCCAUAUGAAAUUGCUACACAUAUUGUUAAAGUAAAGAGAACAGGUGUUGUUGUUGAUAUAACAUCAUUGUAUGAUUUGGAAAUAGCAGGAGCUAUAAGUGGUAGUACAGCUUUAUUUUUUGAUGAUGAUAAUGGUAAAUUUGAUCGAAUCAAUAGUCAAGAUUGUUUUAAUCAACGUACACAUGCAAAUGAAAUGCUCAAUGGAUUGCGUUAUUUCGAACGAGGAUCUAAAGAAGGAGGACCUGCAUUAAAAGAUGCUUUUACAUGGGGAAAAGUUGAUAUGUCAGCAAUGGCUCGUUGUUUAUUAGUUUUAUGUAAACAGAUUUAUUCAAUUUUUAUUAAAGAAAAUCGAUUAUUACGUGUUUCAUCAGCUUGUUAUAUUUUGGGUGAUUUACAUGGAAAUUUUCGAGAUUUAAUUUGUUUUGAAAAAACAUUUUGGCGACUUGGACCUGUACUUACACCAGCAUCUAUACUAUUUUUAGGUGAUUAUGUUGAUCGAGGUUUAGAAGGUGUGGAAGUUGUAGCUUAUCUUUUUGCUCAAAAAGUACUUUGUCCACAUAAAGUUAGUUAA